AUACCAAAAAUUGUUUUUGAAAAACAAGGUACCUGAAGAAUACGCCUCUGCUCCCCAGUCCUCUGUAUCCGCCAUUAAUGUAGCGAUCUAUCUAUGUAUAUAUUUCAGAUUUGGUUGGUCUUCUUCAGUACUUGAAGAAUACGCAUCUGCUCCCCAGUCCUCUGUAUCCGCCAUUUAUGUAGCGAUCUAUCUAUAUAUAUAUAUAUAUUUCAGAUUUGGUUGGUCUUCUUCAGUUCUUUGGUGGUCCCAGUCUAUGUAAACGAAGCCAAAAGCUAAAGCUGAAGUCGCAAGGAAGAACCUUCAACACUCCAAAGGGAAGAAAAAAAAUGGCGAUUUCGUCGUCGAAGCAAAUUAGCUUCUCCUUCGUCUGAACUUAUGGGUUGCCUCAUAUGGCUUUUACCUCUCCCAAGCCAAAAAAAAAAAAGUUGCAGCAGGAAUGAAUUAGAGGAAGAGAACUUAAUCGAUUGACAAGUUGAAUCAGUAAAAAAGACGAGCAGAGCCAAGGUGAUAUAAUUUGCUGAGGAUUCAUUUAUGAUAAGUAGAAAUUCAGUUUUCUUGGCAGAAGAUUUUGGAGUUCGUUCAGUGUAAACAUCUGCUGCACAGGUUUUGCAAUGUCUUUGCUGUCUAAACUACGCUGUAUCACUGUCGAUGUUACUGGUACACUAAUAGCUUACAAAGGGGAGCUCGGUGACUACUAUUGCAUGGCAGCAAAAUCUGUUGGACUACCUUGCCCUGAUUAUAAGCGUGUGCACGAGGGCUUUAAAUUUGCUUAUACAGAAAUGGCGAGAGAAUAUUCUUGUUUUGGGCAUGCAGCUAAGAUGCCUAACAUUGUCUGGUGGAAGACAUGUGUGAGAAAUUCCUUUGUCAGGGCUGGAUAUGAUUACGACGAAGAGACAUUUGAGAAGGUGUUUCGACGCAUAUAUGCAUCCUUUGGGUCAUCAGCUCCUUACAGUGUCUUCCCUGACUCCCGGCCAUUUCUGAGAUGGGCACGUGAAAAAGGUCUUACAGUUGGCAUCAUUAGCAAUGCUGAAUACCGUUACCAGGACGUGAUACUUCCUGCCUUGGGCUUGAAUCAGGGAUCCGAGUGGGACUUUGGUGUGUUCUCCGGCCUUGAAGGUGUCGAGAAACCAGACCCAAAAAUUUAUCAAAUUGCGCUUGAGAGGGCUGGAAAUAUUGCACCAGAAGAAGCUCUGCAUAUUGGUGACAGUAUGCGCCAAGAUUACGUGCCAGCAAAGAGUGUUGGAAUGCAUGCAUUGCUACUGGACAGAUUUAAGGCUCCUAAUGCCAAGGAGUGGGAAAAAUCUGGUGCAAUUGUCCUUCCUGACUUGGUGGCAGUGCAGGAAUUGCUUAGUUCAGAGAAGUUGACAACAGACUUGUAUACAUCGCUUUGCUGAAGACGCUGAUAUUCGUUUAAUUAUCUCUCUUCCCCUACCUGUCUUACCUACCUUUGAUAUGCAAUACAUGAUGAAACUUUCGCAGAUUCAAGUGUUUUUUUUUUGGGGGGAGAUAAUUGCAUUAGCUUUGUACAAUUGUACUAGCAUUGUUGUUGAUAUUGAGCUGGAAAGUAAUUGAAUCAGAGGAAUUUUUUUCCUUCUUUUGUGAUGCA